CAGUCCGUGGCAAGAGGCUCCGGGAAUGUGAGAAGGUGAAGGGGAGGGAGAGAGGGAGGCAAGCAAGGAGGGAGCGGACCAGAGCCUCUGGGGGCCAGUCCUUCCUUCAGCCCACUGACCCGCCCGCUCAUCCGUUCGCUCAGUCCACGAGGAUGUGAGUUCCUCUCAGGCCCCACGCGAGGCACUGAGGAUCCGCUCAGAGAGCUCAGGUGGCCGGCGAAGCACUGGCGGCAUUUCCAGGAUGAUCCCCAAGGAGCAGAAGGGACCAGUGGUCACCGCCAUGGGGGACCUCACCGAACCAGUCCCCCUGCUGGAUCUGGGCAAGAAGCUGAGCGUGCCUCAGGACCUGAUGGUGGAGGAGCUGUCGCUGCCCAACAACCGAGGCUCCCUCCUCUUCCAGGAGAGACAGCGCCGCGUGCAGAAGUUCACCUUUGAGUUUACGGCCAGCCAGCGGGCGAGUGCGGCAGCAAGUGCCAAGGGGACGGUGACAGCAACGGCGGCGCCUGGGAGGGCUGCCAACAGCCCCGAGGGGCAGAACUACAGCUCCGAGCUCCAUGUCUCCCUGGCGUCGCCGGGAGGCCCUGAGGACGUGCAGCCGGCAGCCCCCCGGGCCGUGAGUGCCCCCAGCCCCAGCGCCCUGGCCCCUGGCUAUGCCGAGCCACUGAAGGGCAUCCCUCCGGAGAAGUUCAACCACACCGCCAUCCCCAAGGGCUACUGCUGCCCCUGGCAGGAGUUCGUCAGCUACCGGGACUACCUGGGCGAGGGCCGAAGUCACACCCCCAGCCUGGCGGAUUAUCGCAAUUUCAACAAGACCCCCGUGCCCUUUGGAGGACCGCUGGCAGGGGAGACCCUUCCGAGGGCAGGCACCCCGUCUGUCCCGGAGCUCAGCAGCGGCUUGGAACUCCUCCGCCUCAGACCCAGCUUCAACAGGGUGGCCCAGGGCUGGGUCCGCAACCUCCCCGAGUCUGAGGAGCUGUAGCCCAGCCUAACCCUCCCAACCCCCACCUCUGGGUUCGGGCACCAUCUGGAGACAGCCCACGUGGACGACACUCCAGUCAGCAAAGGGCUGUCGCACGCAAAAAUCUUACUGCAAAUGGCCUCAACGGUCACCAAGUUCAGCAGUCCCCAGAUGUGGUGGGCGUCCAAAUUACCUGGGGCCGGGGUUAUUUCUAGGACCGAUCUCCGGCCGGUCCGGACUGCGGCGUCAGCAUCUCCUGAAUGGGGCCUCUGAUAGUAGCUAGCACUCUAGCUGCCCCCAGGAGCACGUGUCCCUGGCGUGUGCCUUCCCAAACCACCAAGACCUUCACAGCCGUGCCUCCGCUCUUUCUGCUCCGGUGCUCUAGCUUAUACCCUCCACCGACAGGGAGCUCACUAGCCACCUGUUCACCUGUGACUCACUCAGAUAAUUAGAUUCUCCUCUUACUGA